UCAUGGCCAUUUAUUACCAGAGGGAGCCUCAACACGCACUACUGGUGUGCAGUCUGCCGUAUUGAAAACUCAUGUUGCCACCAGGGUGUGACAGAUGUAGUGCGCCAUAUAAAAAGCAAAAGGCCACCAAGAUAAGCAACGAGCUCUCCAGUCCACAGCCACAAUAUCCCAAUAUGCAAUGGCCGUUCCAUCUGUUGGGGGUAUGUCUGCACAAGAGGUUAAGACAAGAAGGGCUGAGGUCAAAAUGACAGCUGGGUUGGUAGUUCACAACGUCCCCCUAGCCUUUGCGGACCACCUGGGGCCUCUCCUAAAAGAAUGUUUCGGAGAUUCGAAGACAGCGCAGGAGUACAGGUGUGCCAGGACUAAGUCAUCCUGCAUUACCAAUGAAGCACUCGCACCAUAUUUCACACAGGAGCUUGUGAAGGAGAUGAAAAAAGCCCCGUAUACCCUUGUUACGGAUGGGUCGAAUGACACUGGAGUGGAAAAGAUGAACCCGCUUACUGUCCGGGUCUUCAUGGGCAGCAAAGUUGUCCACCAGUUCUUAAAUAUGUGCACAACAAGUGGGACGAGCUGUGGGCCAGCAAGUGAGAUCUUCACCAAAAUUACCUCCACCAUAGAGGAGCAUGGCAUCCCUUGGGAGAACUGCAUUGGUCUCUCAGUUUACAAUGCAGCUGUGAACAUUGGACCACGUAAUUCCAUUGCCUCUAGGGUGCUCCAGAAGCAUCCCAACACCUAUAUUCAUGGUUGUCCUUGUCAUGUGGCACAUAACACCGCCAAAGCUGCAGGAGUGGGAUUUUUAAAAUUUUAA